AUUAAAACCAGAGCGGUUACAAACCCGGUGAAGGAUUUGUUGGCGAUACCAUCUACGACCAUAUUGUUUUAUCUCGGAACAAAAGAGAAUGAGAGUGAAACAAACAGAGAUGCAAGAGUGUUGAUAUCGAAAAGGAGACCAUCGGUGAUGUCCAUUUAUAAGGCGCAGUUUCGGGCUGAUCUGAUCGCCAACGCUUCGGCUACCAACGCCGAUCCCACGAAAGCCUUUGAUCCAGAAUCGAAUUGCUCAACUCGGAGUCUCGGAGCGACGGCCCUGAGCCGUUGGAUCGCCGUCGCGGCGCAAAACGCAGCCGCCUUAACGAUGCCGAUCCUGAGAUGGAUUGAGAGGACGGGAGAAGAGGGUGAGGUUUCGUUCCGAGCAAUAGAGCUUCCAAAGAUGGUGACUCGCUUGUGACUAUCUGGAAACGGAGUAGGAAACUCUGCUUUGUGCAUUGCAUACUUGUCAACAGUGUUAUACCUCUAAAUCUGAUGUAGGUACAUUUGUUAACCAAAGCUUAAUUGGUUCAAAAUAAAUAAAACUGUGCUCUUGAUAACAUGAUUUGAGCCGCUUUUAUACAGAAGAUUCUAUCUGUGCUCUUGAUAAAUUAUAAUCUUGA